AGGACACUCGCUGGCUUUCAACAGAUCCUGAAAAGGAAGUUGCAACAUGUGCUGAAGUCUCCACAGAAGAGGAAGUCACAGCUGGAACAGACCUGAACUCACAUUUCAGUGUUUUUCUUUUUUUAAAAGAUGUUUUUACAGGACUGUCAUGUGACCUGAGGAGACUGCUGCCUUUACAGGACGACUCGAGUCAGACGGACAUGGACCAGCGGUGGACACUGGGAAGCUUUCUGUUUGUCCUCGGGCUGUGUUCAGGACUUAAACAGGAGAACUGUACCAACUUCAAUCUCCAGUUUGAGAGGGUCUUCUCUGUUCCUGGAGACGUGGCUAUGUUGAACAGCACCCUGGUGUCUUCAGACGUCUUCAACUUCACAACUGUCCCGUACAACAUCUCCUGGUAUGACUCAAAGACUGGCCGAGAAAUGACCAACCAGACCGGCCGAAUCCUGGUGCUCGGGAUGACUUUGUGGUUUCUUAACUUAAGGCUGGACGACGACGGAGAAUAUGUGAGCAUACUGAGAACUCCUUAUUGGUGCUACAGACAGGCCACCAAGCUUGUGGUGGAACGACCCAUCGCCAGAGAGUGUGGACGACCAAGAAAAGCUCGUCAGUCCCUUACAAAGGGAGUCACUGACAUCCUGAGCUGCCCUCUGAAGGAUUAUAUGAAUAAACUUGACAGCUACAACAUCAGCUCCUCCAUCCAGUGGUACAAAGAUUGUGAGCCCAUAGUGGAUGGGGUAGGCAGGUAUACCUACAUACAUCCUGCCAGACUGAAGAUUGCUAGAGUGGACCUUAAACACAACUCCUCCUACACCUGUACUCUGAACUUCACUCUGGGUGGCAUUAUGGGAUCUGUGUCAGAGACCAUUGCUGCAUGGGUAUCAGAGAUGUACACUUUGACCCCAGAAGUCCACGAACCGGCCAAUGAAAUAAUCAAGAAACCAAUGGGGUCAAAUUUCAGCAAGCGAUGCCGAGUGUUUGUACCGUGUGUCGGGAAUCCCUUCGUUGAGAUCACCUGGUUGGUCAGAAACAAGUUAAUUCAUAGUACCAACCCCUCCGACCGCAUCUACACCACAGAAGAACGUAUGUGGCGCCAGGAUAAACCUAAAAAAGGUUUAUGGUUGGAGCAGGUGCUGAUAAUUUCUGAGCUGAAGGAGAAGGACUUUGACACCAACUACACCUGUCGAGCGUACAGUGCCAGGGGCUUCCCUGAAGGCUACUUUACUCUGCUACCAGAAGAUCCCGACGUCAUGCUUCCCGUUGGAUCGGUGCUUGGUGGUGUGACCGUUCUCUUCAUUAUCAGUGUCGUCAUCUACUACCUUUUUAAGGUCGACAUCGUGCUGUGGUUCAGGAGAGCAUUUCCAGUCCUCUAUACUAACACAGAUUUGGAUGGGAAGUUGUACGAUGCCUAUGUGGCAUACCCACAGUCCUGUGCUGUCGGGCUCAGUAAGGAAGUGGAGGUGUUCGCCCUUCACACACUACCUCAAGUGUUGGAAAAGGCCUGCGGUUACAAACUCUUCAUCGCAGGCCGUGACUGUGUUCCUGGGGGGGCCAUCGUGGACUCAGUGGAAGAGAACAUACAAGCUAGUCGCCGCCUCCUCCUGCUCUACACCGCCUCCACUUUCACCACCAAAAGACACACAAGCAGCACCAGCAGUGGCAACAACAACAACAACAACAACUCAAAGAGCAGCGAUAACGGUGACAACAGCGACAUUAAAAACAGCGACCAGAGUUUAGACGGAAGCGAAGAAGUCUAUCCUGACACCAGGCAGCAGCUGGAGUGUGUGGCGGCGAUGCACAGAGUGCUGCUGGAGAAAUCUCUAAAGGUGAUUUUGGUGGAGUUGGAAGAGAUCACCCCGGCUCAGCUGGCUCUCUUCCCAGAGUCAGUGCGUCACCUGAGGAAGAAGCAGGGCGCCGUGUGUUGGUGGAAGAACCAGAGGAUGAAGAAAACGUGUACGACAUGCACGAGGAGGGGAGAGGAUGAGGAGAAAAGUGGACAGGAGACGCAGCUGUCACCAUCCCUUUCUCCUUCCUCCAGGUUUUGGAAGGAGAUCAGAUAUCGUAUGCCGGUGAGGGGCAAGAGGGCGGUGUACCCCGAAAAAACUGCCCUGCUGAUCCUGUAGCACACAGAUGAUUCAGAAAUACUGUGUCGUAUCAGAGGCUGCGAGGUACAAGAGAACCAGAAGGUACUUUUACUGCAAACGUCAUCUGAACGGGUUACACAAACAGAAACUAAAGGAAGCUUCUAAUCUUCAAGUCUGAUAGUAAAAGGUCCAUGAAUACACCAUGAACAGGUUCUGCUGAAGGAGGUGCUGAAGAUGCCGUGUUCAAAGACUGUCAGACAAUGACAGUAGUUCCCACCUGGUGUGCAGACCAUCACAGCGUUUGUGAAUGAAUGACUGAAGAAUCAGAACGAUGUUGUCAAAGAAGGACCGAUUAAACCAAGUGAUCAUAUGUCAGAUAACAAUGUACAUUUGUAUAAUGAAAAGUGUAAAAAUGUUAAAGAAAAACAGCAAACUGUGAGCUUUAUAUUAACUUUACAGUCAAGCAUUUUAUUUUAUAUUUUAUAAUAUAUAUUUUUAAGUUAAAAAACAUUAAAAAGUUCACAAGUAGCCAUUUUGUUCCAAUGCAAUCCUCGCUUGCAUGUUUGUACUGCGCCUGUACCCCAUUGAUUGGUGUACCAUAAUGUGUGUGUGUGUGUGUGUGUGAGAGAGAGGGGAGAGGAGGGGAGGGGCGGGGGGAGUCCUUUGUUUAUACUCCCGCGUUAGGCUAAGGCUAGCUAGCCUACAGUCCAUUGCAAUGGAUUGUUUUGUGAUCAAGAAAAAAUCGUAGAUGGUAUGAGGAUUACAAAUGGCUGGAAUAUUCAUAUUAAUAAUGCAUAUGGAAUAAAUGCACUUGCUGUUGCA